GUACAGCGCGGGUGCAGCUCCCCUGGGGGGAGACGUGGCUACUCUCCGGAGCCUGGGCCAUGACUCCUGCUGCUUCUUUCCUACCUGGAGACACAGAGGUGCCCCUUUUCCUGGCAGUGCUUGCCACUGGCUUUGGAGCUUCUGGAUCUGAAAGCUGAAGGCUGAGGCUGAUGGACAGAGUAACAAGAAACUUAAAACCAAAGGAACAGGGUGCUGAAUAGAUCAUCUGGACUCUUCAGCCAUUUUUGUGAGGAACUACAACCCUAUAGAGGGGCUGUCAGUUGCUUUAAGGAGUACAGAAAUCCUAGCCAUAGAUAUGCCUCAUCCCAGGAAUCCUGCUCUGUAUCGUCUCACCAAGCAGCUACUACAGAAAUAUCACAAGGCAGUGAGGCCAGUUCACGACUGGACCGAGGCCACCACGGUGUAUCUGGAUGUGUUUGUCCACGCCAUAUUGGAUGUGGAUGCACAGAACCAAAAAUUAAAGACAAGUAUAUGGUACCAUGAGGUUUGGGUUGAUGAGUUUUUAUCCUGGAACCCCAGCAUGUUUGAUGAGAUUAGAGAGAUCUCUCUACCUCUAAGUGACAUCUGGGCCCCUGACAUCAUCAUUAAUGAGUUUGUGGAAAUUGAAGGAUCACCCGACCUUCCGUAUGUCUAUGUGAACUCAUCUGGGACCAUUAAGAACUCUAAGCCUAUCCAGGUGGUUUCUACGUGCAGUUUAGAGACCUACGCGUUUCCAUUUGACAUCCAGAACUGCAGCCUGACCUUCAGUAGUGUCCUGCACACAGUGCAAGAUGUCGACCUGGCCUUCCUCAGGAGCAGAGAAGACAUUAAGCAUGACAAGAAGGAAUUUUUGAACGACAGUGAGUGGGAACUUCUCUCUGUGUCCUCAACAUACAGCAUCCUGCAGAGCGGCGCUGGAGAUUUUGCCCAGAUUCAGUUUAAUGUGGUGAUUCGCAGGCGUCCGCUGGUCUAUGUUGUGAACCUGCUGAUUCCCAGCAUCUUCCUAAUGCUUGUGGAUCUGGGGAGCUUCUACCUACCACCCACCUGCCGUGCCAGGAUUGUGUUCAAGACCAGCGUGCUGGUGGGCUACACCGUCUUCAGGGUCAACAUGUCCGACGAGAUGCCAAGGAGCGCACUGAGCACCCCUCUGAUUGGAGUCUUCUUCACGGUCUGCAUGGCCUUCCUGGUUAUCAGCUUAUUUAAGUCCAUCCUGCUGGUCAGAUUCCUCCAUGAUGAGUGGAGCCAUGGGCAGGAGUGGCCCCUCUUGUGCCUUCGAGGGGACGCUGAUGCUGAUGGGCCUAGAAUGGAUCCCAGAGCCCAGCUUGCUGGGGUACCAGAGCCCCCCAUCCGUCGAGAUCCCCAGGUCCAGCCAGGGAGCCUGAAGGAAGUCUGGUUCCAGCUUAAGUCCAUCAGCACCUACUUCCAAACCUGGGAGCAGGCGGACCGGAAGGGGGUUAAGUGGCUGGCCCUCCUGGAACGUUUAGACCGACUGCUCUUUCAAGCCUACGCCAUCCUGCUGGGCCUCUAUACCGUCACCCUGUGCUCCCUCUGGGCACUGUGGGGCAGCUCGUCAACCUUGUACAGAGCAGAAUGCAAGAGUCACACCUCAUCCGUGUCCUGAAGCUCUAGUUCCCGCUGUCUCCCUUGAGCGCCUCUUCCCCUGCACCACAUCACUGCUGGAGGGAAGCCCAGAACCGAUGUCUCAGACCCGGUCAACACAACACUUCGUCAGCACACACCCUGUGUAAGGCACCGAGCUGGGGGAGAGGUUUCAUGCAUGGCCCUAGGGUUCAAGGAGAUUAUAAUCCACUGUCCUUUUACUCAUCAGCUAGGGCCGCCGUAACAAAACACCACAGACUCCUAGACUUAAACAGAAAUGCCUUUUCUUACUGCUCUGGAGGCUGGAAGUCUGAAAUCAAGGUGUCAGCAGGGUUGGUUUCUUCUGAGGCCUCUGUCCUUGGCCCACAGCUGGCUGACUGGUCCCUGCAUCCUCACGUGGCGUUCCCUCCGCGCACGUCCAUAUCUCUGUCCGAAUUCCUCCCCUUACACGGACACCAACUCUAUUGGAUUAGGGCCCACAUUAACAACCUCAUUUAACCUGAAUCCCCUCUUUAAAGGCCCUCCUCCGGAUAUGCAUUCUGAGGCACUGGGGGUUAGGGUUUCAACAUGAAUUUGGGGUGGGUAAUACAAUUCAGCCCAGACUACUCACAGGACUGUGGACGUUCGGCCAGCCCAAAAUCUGCAGGUGGGCGGGGACCCAGGGAAUAGUUAUGGUUUGAGUCCAAAGCAGAGGCGGGGGUGUCUGCUGGCAGAAUUCUCACUUCUUCCAGGAAGCCAGUGUUUUACUCUUGAGGCUCUCAACUGAUUAGAUGAGGCCCACCCACAUUCUGGAGGGGAAUCUGUUUUCCCGAAGUCUACUGAUUUAAAUGCCAAUCUCGUGUAAAAAAAUACCUUCACAGAAGCAUCUAGAAUAAUGUUUGACCAAAUAUCUGGGUCCUGUGGCCCAGCCAAGUUCACACACAAAACUAACCAUCACAGUCCCAGUGGCCCCACAGCUUCCCAUCUAUGCCCACAGUUACUUGUUAAGACAGAAGAGCCCCGAUCCCUGGGCACUCAGGUAACUCAUCAGCUUCUGGCCCUUACUCUCUAGGAGCCGAACCUCUACUGACUGGCUUACCUUACGGCAGUUCCCAUGGCCCCAUCACCUGAAGUCGAAGGUUAGAGUUCAAGUCUUCCACAAAUUUUCCUUCCUCUUAUUUUGACUUUCUUCAUUUCGCAGUGCUUCUUUUUAUGGAGGCUUCGUCUAGGCAAGCUCACCUGCUUGCCAUUCCAUCCCAGCCUCUACACCUAGCUGACAUAUUUUGUGUCACCAAAUCUGUGUGCCACUCCAUCUAAGGCCCCUGCUCAAAACAGCCUUCCCCCACCUUCUUCACCCAAUCAGCUCGUGACUCUGUCCCCUUUUCUCUAGGUUUAGUUUUACCUUAUUCUAGACCCUUCCCCCUUUGAACGUUUUAGAGCCUCCUGUGUGUGUGUGUGGGGGGGGUUAUGUACGUAGGUGUGUGUGUUGUGGGGUGUGUAUGUGUGUAUGUGCAUCACUUGUCACACAGACCACAUGCUCCUAGAGGAGCCCCCCUGUUUCCUGUUUUGGUUUCUCUGCCAUCUCUGCCCAGGUUCACACAGAGUUUUGCUCGAGGCACCCCUGCAGUUGCUGUUGUAGAACAGCUCGUCCCAGCUCACCGCCGCAGUUGGACACAGGUGUCCUGUGUCUUCCCAGGUCUGAGGGGAGAGUCUACCCGAGGUCAGAUUCCUGGUGCUUCGGCGUCGCUCUGCCCUCUGUCAGGGUAGCCAUCGGGAGCUUGCUGUGUAGACCACAGUAGGCUGAGCGAGAAUCAGCACUCCUAAUGCUACUGGCAGAGGACAUAAAAGUCCAAAGCUGUUUGCUAGAAACUUUUUGCAGUGCUAAAAUUGCCUUUAAAAAAACCCACCCCCCAUCCCCCUAAAGAAAAAGAAUUUAAAUUCAAACAGCCUUUACCUGCAUCCUCCCUCUCUCAUUACCUCCCAGUUAGUGCUCAACACCAAUUGUCCAUGAAAUUCCACUGCUGCUGUUAAUGAAAUGAGGAACAUAAGAAGUUUGUGAACAGGAAGUGUCCAUGCAACCCUCCACCUGUUUCCCUCCUCACUUCCUCCGUUCUACUCCUGGCCUCCUCUGUCUCCACCUGCUCAGUGAGCCUCUACGUUGAUCCCUAGAGAUCUCUUCACUUCCUUGGUUAUUAGAGGGGAAAAGGCCUGCCAUGAACUCGCCCUUGCGGAGUCACCUUCCUCUCCCGCUGUCCUUGGAGAAAGCACCUGGUUUGGGUCCUGGCUCCAUCACUAUCUAGCCAGGGGACCUUGAGCUUAACGUCUCAGAGCUUCAGUUACCCUGUUUGGCAUUGGGGUUGCUCAUACUUACUCUACCAAAUCGCAGAACUUCGAGGAUCGGAAUGAAGCAAGGUAUUUAACAGUACUUUGAAAAGUAGAUAAUACAUCACCAAAUAAAAAUAAGACCUGCCUGGGGCGCCUGGGUGGCUCAGUCGUUAA